UAGCAGGGAAAGCGUAGAAAGCGCGAAGGAGCCCCAAGAAGACUAGAGUCGAAGCGGAGGCCCCCAUCUUUCUCCCAGACGCAGAAGGACAAGGGGAGGCUGGUGGGGAAGGGGCUUUCUUGGCAAGGUUUAUUCAGAGGGGGUUUGUCAUUGUCCUCCUCUCCGGAGGCUGAGAGUCUGUGACUUUCCCAGCGUCACCCGGCUGAGAAGAAACCUGUGGGAGCCACUGCCGCCGCGUAUGCAGCAGAUGCACUUAGCCACGUGAAGCUUUGGCAGAAGGGGAGGAGACUGGAACUCUAGAGCCUGGGCUGUGCGCUGUACACCAGCUCAGAGCAAAGCCAGCAAUGCUUCCAAGUGGGGCCACGGGAGAAACAGAGUGCCACAGCCUCUGAUCAAGAGAGCUCCUGCUGGUCUGGAGCUUGGGUUUUCCUCCCCUUCCUUCCUGCCCCUUGGAGAUGAACCAGAGACUUAACUUGCCCAUUGUCUCCUUAUCCACAGUCUUUAUCAGCAAUGAUACUAUAGCCAGAUCUGACCACCAAAGAGAGAGGAGGCUUUUUCAUUUAAAGCUAAGCUGCCAUUUCAUCUGAACUCAGUUUUCACACAGGCUCUUAGAUUUUUUUUGUAUCUCGGACUGAUUGGGGAAUAUCUUUUCUUAAGUUUUAUUUUGCGUUUUCGCCUUUUCAGACAUUAUUGUUUAUACUUAGAGCUGUUGCUCUUUGAUUAUUCUUGGUGGUGGUUUGUUGUUACUGUUUUUUAAAUUGGUGUUUCUAGAUUAUUAUUUUGACUAUUUUGAUUUUGAUCGUCUUUGAAUUCGCCCAUGGCUUUUUUGAUGAAGAAAAAGAAGUUCAAAUUUCAAACCAGUUUCACUUUAGAGGAGCUGACAGCGGUACCUUUUGUGAAUGGGGUUCUCUUCUGCAAAAUCAGGCUGCUAGAUGGAGGGGAUUUUGCCACUUUGUCUUCCAGGGAAGAAGUUCAGGAGAACUGCGUUCGCUGGAAGAAGAAAUUUACCUUUGUCUGUAAGAUGAGUGCCAAUCCUGCCACAGGCCUCCUGGAUCCUUGCAUCUGCCGUGUGUCUGUCCGCAAGGAACUGAAAGGAGGGAAAACCUAUUCCAAGUUGGGUUUUGCUGAUCUGAAUCUGGCAGAGUUUGCAGGCUCUGGGUUCACCGUCCGAUGCUGCUUGCUGGAGGGGUAUGACACCAAAAAUACCCGGCAGGACAACUCUAUCCUGAAGGUAACCAUUGGCAUGUCCUUGCUGUCUGGAGACCCCUGCUUCAAAACGCCUCCAUCCACCGCCAAAUCCAUCACCAUCCCUGGGCAGGACUCUACGCUCCAAUUGACUUGUAAAGGCGAGGGGACGACCAGCAGCAGCACCACCACUCCCACCCCCACCACAUCAACCACUAUUGGCUCAGUGCGCCAGAGCAAGCCCAGACCCACCAUUCUCGGCUCGGGGGUGCCAGAGGAACCAGACCAGAAUCUGUCCAGUCCAGAGGAAGUGUUCCACUCAGGACAUUCACGGAACUCAAGUUACGCCAGCCAGCAAUCCAAAAUCUCUGGUAACUGCUCAUCGCAUAAGCUUGCCAACGAAACCCAAAGCUACAGCACUGAGCACUCGCGGUCCUCCAGCAUGUCCGAUCUGACCCACCGCCGGAACACCUCCACCAGCAGCAGUGCCUCAGGUGGCCUUAGCAUGACAGUGGAGUGUCCAGAGGGUGAGCGAGAGCACAAGCCGGAGAAGCCUCCUCGCCCACCAAGACCCAACCUGCUGUCAGAGCGGUCGACCAGGCGGAAAAAGGAUUCUGUGGAGAGCCACCCCACAUGGGUGGAUGACACACGGAUUGACGCAGAUGAUAUUGUGGAGAAAAUCAUGCAGAGUCAGGACUUCACGGAUGUCAGUAACACUGAAGAUAGUAACCUGAGGCUGUUUGUGAGCAGAGAUGGCAGAACUACCCUCAGCGGGAUACAGCUUGCAAACAGAGUCUCAUCUGGAGUUUACGAGCCAGUGGUAAUUGAAACCCAUUAAAAUGUGAACAAGAUGGGGCAGACCUGCUGGAAACGGUCUCCCGUCCCAUCCACUGUUGUGAUGGAUGCCAUUCCUUCCCAUCCCCUGCCCUUUCUCCCUCAUUCCCUUUUGAACCUUUUCUUCACACAACAUUCCAGGCAGGACUUCCCAAAGCUCCUCUCCUUCCCGAAACCGGUCUGUGUGCACUCCAACUGCUGGGAGCAACACUCCAGGGACAUAAGCACUUUUGGUUUGAAUGUGGGGAGGCUUCGAGACACAUCUAAGACAGAAACAUCUCCUAAUUGUCCUGCCAAUCUCAAGUUUCGCCUUGAAAUCUUUAAAAAAAAAAACAGCAUCCUCUAGGGUGGAAGGAGAAGAAGAUCCCACACUCCGUGUCACAGACACUCAUUCUGAGCAACAAAUUGUCAUCUGUGACACCCCUCUGAUCCCAUCUCUAUCUUUCUCAGCCAUUGGGUUAUACCACUGUGAACACUCCUCCUCCACUACCACCAAAAAGAAAGAAAUCUACCUUGUUGAAAUUGCAUGGGGAGAAGAACUGUUGCUAAUGGAAUGCAGAAGCGAGGCCAGGACAGCAGCCGUUUGGGGUGCAUUAACAAAUAUGGCUCUGGGCUUUUGCCUUUUGGAUUGCAAGAGAAUCGCACUUUGGAUCGCACUUCGCCAUGGGGACUGCAGCUAUGACGCAGAAAAUGCACCCUUUAAAAAGCCCCCAAGGAACAUCCACGAAUAGGAAAAUAGCUUGGGUUUCCUUUAUUCUUUUUUUCUUCCAAAAGUGCAUUUCCAAAGUCACUGAGAAGUGGAAGUUCAUUGUUUCAGAACAGAGAUGAUGAAUGCCAAGCACCUGUUAGUAUCACCAGCUACAGUCUUAGAGAAAUCCUCCACCUUUCUCUUGCAGAGCAUGGAAGGGGAGACUUGAAAGGGGGCUGUACCCAUGAAGAGGCCUGGAAAAAGCUUUUUCCAGGAGCAGAAUCCACCCGCUCUCUUUCUACUUGUCAUCUGCAACAAACAGCCACUGUUGUAUAUCAGUUGGGGGUGGUUAAAAUGAUGAAGCGUCUUGUAGCCCAAGCGAUGAUGGUGGCUAUUUGUUUGAGGCCUGUUUAGAGAAAUGAUUUUAAACCGUUCCCAUAUCUAGGUCAGAAAAACAGAAAACGGUUGCUCUUCUGAGCGGGAGGGUUUUGACUCGAAAUCUGGGAUUUGAGUGUCCAUCUUUUGGAACAGGCUGUCUCUUUUCCUCCAUGCCUUCUGCCAGUUCUCUCAUGGAGAAGCUUUAUCCAAAAUGGGUGGGCAGGUGACGCCCUCCCUUUCUUGGCCUGCAAUUCCCAACAGCCCUCAUCAACAUAGCCAGUGCUGAGGGAUCAGGGGCAUUGCAGUCCAAAAACAUCUGGGCAGUCACAUCUUACCCACCCUGGUCUAAAACGUGCCUGAAUCUUUCCGCACACCUGCUUCAUUUAGUGUGGCCUUUCCCUACUCUGAGUCCUCUGGACGGGUUGGACUGCAGCCUCCAUCUGGCACGCUGGCUGGUGGGUGAUGGGAGUUGUUGUCCAAAAUCACUUGGCAGGCCAGAGUUUGGGGAAGGCAGAAUUAGCAGGUGGAUUUGAAUCUACUCUGGGCACAUGAAAUGGAAUGAGGCGAUAGAAUCCUGUCGUUGGUAGAGUGAACUGAGCAUUGAAACAACAGAGGUUAGAAGUGCCAUUUAAUGCUCCCCUUGAGGAAGGAGAAUCUCCCUGCAAGCAGAAAGCUAACAUAGUUGGGACAAACUUUCUGACCCAGACUUCUCUCUACUCUGCCAGAUUUCUAUUUGCAUGGAGUGUUUCCUUACAUAAGGGUUGAAGGUGGAGAACACCUACCAUUUGGGGCUCUACUACCUCAUUCUCCUGCCUUCACUAUGUGCCAUCUCUUAGCUAUGCUCUAUUUUUUUGUACAAAGUGAAAGGCUUAGCUAUCACAUCUUCCUAGUUUCGCCUAAAGCCAUUUCAGGGGAUGAGAGGUUUUCUUCUGUAAAAACCUGUGCUUCAGCUUUCCCUCUUUAACCUCCCCACCCCCAAAUGCUGAGAUGUGGCAGAACAGCUUGUAUCCUCAGAGGAAGUGCUCUGAAGAAAUCUUGUGACAUUCUGAUGUUCUGGCGGCUGGAUCCAAAAUCGGCAACCAGCAGAGCUGGCUGCUGGUUGUGUACCAGCCCUUUGUGUACAGUUUCAGACUAUAUAAGCUAUCUUGAUAAUGUCACCAUCACACACACACACACCCUUCAUGUUCCUUGCUGCUACUCGGUGGAUAGCACACUCACUGUUUUCAACUCCGCACGGGGGACUCUACUGAGCAUGCGGCGGAAGGUGCUACCUUUUUGUCGCUCUACACCGUUGUCCACACACAUACAUGCACACACACUUUCACAUGCAGCAAGGGGUCAGUGGGGAUGUCUUAAGUCUUUUUCUCUCCCCUUUGUGUUCCCUUUCGGACUAACAAUUGUGCUUGUGUAGCCGCAGUGCAAGGAGUUCGGUUACCCCAGAAGGAAUUCAGGGGGACAACUGGGAACCGGCAAGGAAGAUCCAGGUUUUUUGCACCACUCUAGUUGCAUCUUUGAGUGGCUGCAAGAAUAGAUGCUCACAACCAAGGCAGCUUUGCUGCAACAUCUGGAGGCAUGUAUUCCUUGGGGGAAAGAAGGAAAGAGCAGCAGGCAUGUGUGCCUUUUGCUCUGCCUGUGGCUAGGCCUGUCUCCUUCUAUAUUUCUUUGGACUUGGCAUUUCUUUAGCAUAGCCUGGACAUGAAAAGAGAGUGAAGUUGCUUCUUCCUUCAGUGGCCAAAGGUUCAUUAAGUGUGCAGGGACUGUAAAGUCUAUAUAGAAAGUAGGGAAGAGCGUUGUCACUUUUAUUGUGCUAACUUAGAGAUUCUUUGGCCUUAUCUCCCAGCACUUUCCAGCUGCUUUUAAUCCUUGGCCUUAACAUGGGUUACCAAGAUGCAACACAGGCCUCUACUAUUCUCUGAUGUCCAGAGAAAUAUUGAAACGAAAAGACUUGUCUCGCCCAUUGCCCAAAUGACUGGGAAGAAGGGUAGGGAUGGUCUUUUCUCCUCAGUCUGUUCUGACCUCCUUAAACAUGGCACCCUAAAGUGCAGUCCUCUAAAGUGGUAGAGCUGGGAACACGUUUUGACAACAAUUCUGCUGCUUCAAAUGUUAGCUGUAUAGCAGGCAUUGUCCUUCUUGGAAUGAUAGCUGUCCUUCUUUCUAGAUGAGUUGGAGAUUGUUUGGAGAAUGCUCUUCCCUUUUCCUUUUUUUGACUGAUGUUUCUCAAAAACCACUGUGGUUCCAUCCAGAGACCUUUGCUUUUUUUGUGUUGUUGAUCUUGAAUUAUGUUUAUCAACCCAGCGGGCUGGUGUUUUUGCAGCUUUUUUUUAAGUCCUUGUUUCAUUGCUAUCUUGAUUUGUUUUUAUUAUGAUUAUGAUUAUGAUUCUUCCUAGCUUUGCCUAGGGGUUUAGGGGCCCAAGAGAGUUCCAUCUUUUCUUAAUAGUCAUGUCUUUCUGAACCUAGUUGUGUCCUAGGUGUUUCCAGGAUUUUUGCCAGUGACCCUUUAUCUGAAGAAACGUGUUGCUUUUGGUCGUGUAAAAAGCUUUUGCAGGGGCAAAGGCUCGAGUCUGAGCAAGGGAAAAUAGCAGAGCUGGUCUCUUCUCCCUCCAAAUCCAGUGCCAAAUGAGAGCAUGAGAGUCAAGUUCAACCAAAACCUUUAUUGUUACUAUGUUUGGGGGGGGGGGUGUCUAUGAAAAACCUGAAGGAUUUAGCUUGGGAGUGGUGCUGGCUGGGGUCACAUCCAUGCUCCGGUCAGUCCACUUCAUGGCUGAUAAAUGAGAGGGGCCCUUUCACAUUACAGAAUUAUAGUGCUAUGAUUCCACAUUAACUGCCAUGGCAUCCUAGGGCUUGUAGUUUUGGGAAGGAACUAGUGCUCUCUGGUUGAGAAUUCUAAGUAUCCUUCCCUAAACUGCAAGUCCCAAGGUUUCACAAGGCAUCAUCAAGUCAAAAGUGAAACCAUAGUGCUAUAAAUGUGCAACGUGAAAGACCAGAACGAUGAGGAAAGCAGAAAUGGGGAGCUAGAAAUCCCCCAAUUUUGCCUGGCACAAAAUGGUGGGUGACGAAUUGUGCCACGGCAAAAGCGCCCGCCUUCCAAAUUUGUUCGGCCACUCUCCCAAUCUGCUUCAGAGAAUUUAUUUCCUUUUUGGUAUAAGACAUGGAUGGUUUCUUUUAAGAAUGGUUAAGACUCCUAAGGAAUGGUUUGGUUUAAGGGUUUGCUUUUUUAAAAAGAAAAAUGAGGUUAACAUUUCAUUCUGUUUAUUCUUCCCUCCCCCCCCCCCCCAUUUAUUUUUUUAAAAAGAAGAAAACGGUGGCUGUGCCAGCGGGUUCUGCGCACAAGCGGUGGACCUCUGGGAGGCUUCACAAACGCGCCCACGAACAUCCCACGCCAGGUACGCAUUGCGUUAGAGCAUCACCCGCAUUGUAUGCGCCACCCCUCCUGGAGAGGGGAGGCAAAAAGGGGAGAGCGGAUCUCUCCCCAGCUUGAUCUCAGGAGCUGCUAAACGGAUCCAGUGUUCCUUCUUCCCGCUAGCUACAAAAAUGACCCACCAUUUGCUUUUAUUUUUGUCGUCCGCUUGUUUUGAAAGCCCUGUGGACGGGGCGAAAGGUCUCUCGAGGGCCUGAUUCCCACACUCUCUGCCUGGUAGCAACGUUUGUGGGAUCGGAGCCCUCUCCAUCCAAAGGGCUUUACUCUGCAGAUGGCCAUUCCCUUUGCUAGCCCUUUCCUCUUCCCUUUUCAGCUACUAAGGGGAGAAAGGUCUCCCCAGCCCCAUAAUCCACCACUUGGAGAAGUAAAAGGAACUGGGAACGUUUUUAAGAGGAUAGUCUCUUAAUUCUUGACCGUGCUUAAAGAAAAAUAAAUGUUUGCUAGGGUCUUGUUUUGCUUUUUACGCCCAUAUUUUUGAGAGGGUUAGAGAGGAAAAAAGAGAGAGCGAUCACGUUUAUUUUCUUGGAGAGAAAGCGAAUAAAAAGAGUUAUUGGAGUUCAGACGAGAAGCUGCACUCGGUUUAUAUUCAGAUACUUCUAUAGCGGAGAGCGCACGCAUGCGCGCGCGUAGAUAUUUUUUUGGAAAGGGACGAACGGGACUAUGCAAAACUUCCAAAAUAGCUUGAAGAGAUAGUUUUAACACUUUCUAAUCUUUAAAAGGAAAAAAAAAAAGAAAGAAAAGCAGAUUAAAAUCUUUUUUUAAAGACAAAAUAAGCGCGCCCUUGCGGUUAAAGAGAAAACAGUCUAGAAGCGGUGUUUAGUUCUGCUGCUCUUGUUAUUUUGAUUCUUCUUUGGGACGUUCGUGGGGCCGGAGGGGAUUGUGGUCUUUCUUCCCCCCCGACACACACACAGUUUUUAUCUUGCUCCUCCGGUGUUUUUGUUUUUCUAACGGAAUGCUGUGCCGUCUUUGACUCAACCGAUCGUGUUUGUAUUCUCUGUUAAUCUGGUUCCUAAUGUAGAGAAGCCACAAAUAUAAAAGAGGAAUUCACUAUUAUGUCAAACGUCAUUACAGUUUUUUGGGGGCAAAAUAAAGGUGUUCUGUUUUUCCUUUUUGGUACAUCA